AUGGGUGCAGCACACAGGUACCUUGUUCUGCUGGAUGAACUGGGGCAGUGUGAGGGCGAAUAUGGGAUGCACAUGGGAGCACCACACGUUGCUCUGCUGCACCGUGAGGAGAGCAGCAGAGGGGUGUUACCCGGAGCACAGGAGGAGAGCAGCAGAGGGGUGUUACCCGGAGCACAGGAGGAGAGCAGCAGAGGGGUGUUACCCGGAGCACAGGAGGAGAGCAGCAGAGGGGUGUUACCCGGAGCACAGGAGGAGAGCAGCAGAGGGGUGUUACCCGGAGCACAGGAGGAGAGCAGCAGAGGGGUGUUACCCGGAGCACAGGAGGAGAGCAGCAGAGGGGUGUUACCCGGAGCACAGGAGGAGAGCAGCAGAGGGGUGUUACCCGGAGCACAGGAGGAGAGCAGCAGAGGGGUGUUACCCGGAGCACAGGAGGAGAGCAGCAGAGGGGUGUUACCCGGAGCACAGGAGGAGAGCAGCAGAGGGGUGUUACCCGGAGCACAGGAGGAGAGCAGCAGAGGGGUGUUACCCGGAGCACAGGAGGAGAGCAGCAGAGGGGUGUUACCCGGAGCACAGGAGGAGAGCAGCAGAGGGGUGUUACCCGGAGCACAGGAGGAGAGCAGCAGAGGGGUGUUACCCGGAGCACAGGAGGAGAGCAGCAGAGGGGUGUUACCCGGAGCACAGGAGGAGAGCAGCAGAGGGGUGUUACCCGGAGCACAGGAGGAGAGCAGCAGAGGGGUGUUACCCGGAGCACAGGAGGAGAGCAGCAGAGGGGUGUUACCCGGAGCACAGGAGGAGAGCAGCAGAGGGGUGUUACCCGGAGCACAGGAGGAGAGCAGCAGAGGGGUGUUACCCGGAGCACAGGAGGAGAGCAGCAGAGGGGUGUUACCCGGAGCACAGGAGGAGAGCAGCAGAGGGGUGUUACCCGGAGCACAGGAGGAGAGCAGCAGAGGGGUGUUACCCGGAGCACAGGAGGAGAGCAGCAGAGGGGUGUUACCCGGAGCACAGGAGGAGAGCAGCAGAGGGGUGUUACCCGGAGCACAGGAGGAGAGCAGCAGAGGGGUGUUACCCGGAGCACAGGAGGAGAGCAGCAGAGGGGUGUUACCCGGAGCACAGGAGGAGAGCAGCAGAGGGGUGUUACCCGGAGCACAGGAGGAGAGCAGCAGAGGGGUGUUACCCGGAGCACAGGAGGAGAGCAGCAGAGGGGUGUUACCCGGAGCACAGGAGGAGAGCAGCAGAGGGGUGUUACCCGGAGCACAGGACGAGACUGGUUACCGGGAGCACAGGAGGCGGUGUUGGCGAGGGUGGUGCCCUGGAUGA